CGUAGGAUUUUUUUGGCAGAAUUCAUUUUGCAAGCUGUGAUGGGCAUUGGCAGUUCCAUCGUAGAAUGUCCGGAUGAUUGGCAGUUGGACCGGCGGGUUGCUGGAGUUCAGGCUCUCAACAGCCUGUUCUUCGCAGGUGGCAGCACCGGGCGUCAGUGGGACGCGGAAGCUGCGGUGCUUUCGGCGUUGGUGCACGAACGAGCACCGCCGAGCCGGCAUGCUGAAGCGCUGGUUGACCAGCAUUGGUGGCGUGAACACCUGAGCGCCGCGGACGGUGACGCAGCCUCGGCGGCCUUCGACCUUUUUGCCACUGAUCCCGCAGGCUGCCAAGUAAACUUAUAUGAGGUCUUGACCUGUGCAGCGGUGCUUUCACUCCGCUUGCGGCGGGAAGCCAAGGCGGCUGUACUGUGCCUGGUGUGGAGCGGACGGGACGAUGGACGUUUGGGCGUGUCUGCGAUGGUGAGCUUGCUUUGCUCUCUGCUGCUCGUGCCGCCUGCGCCGCGUGCGCCACGUUCGCCGAGGGAUUUGAGGCGAAAGAGCACUCCCGGCCUUACAUCGCCAAGGCUGAGAGUAAGAACGCCAACCACCAACCACCACCCUUUGAUGGUGGGGUUCCAAAACAGUUUGGACCGAUACAACAGCCGCCAGGAGAAAGCUGCUUGGAAUUGAUGCAUUACUCUGUCCUGUCUCGUGCCUAAAGUAUAGUUCCACUCUUGUGAAGCACAGAGUCGUCUUACCCAACACUGAG